CUGCAGGGGGCGCGGGCGCCAGCCACGCGGACAUGAGGCGGAGGCUGCGCCUCCGCGGCGACGCGUCGCUCACGCUGCUCCUCGGCGCCGCCCUCGGCCUCCUUCUCUACGCACAGCGCGAGGGCGCGGCCCCGACGACAAGCGCCCCGCGAACGCAAGGGAAGGCAGCGCCAGGGCCCACUCCGGGACUCCGCGUCUUCCAGGCGCCGGACGCAGGCGCAGCCCCGGCCCCGGCCCCGCUGGCCUAUGAAGGGGACACACCGGCGCCGCCCACACCCACGGGGCCCUUUGACUUUGGCCGCUACCUGCGCGCCAAGGACCAGCGGCGCUUCCCCCUGCUCAUUAAUCAGCCGCACAAGUGCCGAGGAGAUGGCGCACCUGAAGGUGGACCCGACUUGCUCAUCGCCGUCAAGUCAGUGGCGGCGGACUUCGAGCGGCGCCAAGCCGUGCGCCAGACGUGGGGUGCUGAGGGUCGCGUGCAGGGGGCGCUCGUGCGCCGCGUGUUCUUGCUGGGCGUGCCCAGGGGCGCGGGUACAGACGGGGCAGACGCGGAGGGGGAGGGCACGCGAACCCACUGGCCUGCCCUGCUGCGUGCUGAGAGCCGCGCGUACGCGGACAUCCUGCUCUGGGCUUUCGACGACACUUUCUUCAACCUAACGCUCAAGGAGAUCCACUUUCUCGCCUGGGCCUCGGCCUACUGCCCCGACGUGCGCUUCGUUUUUAAGGGCGAUGCAGACGUGUUCGUGCACGUGGGGAACCUGCUGGAGUUCCUGGCGCCGCGGGACCCGGCGCAGGACCUGCUUGCGGGCGAUGUGAUCGUGCAGGCUCGGCCAAUCCGCGCGCGGACCAGUAAAUACUACAUCCCUGAGGCGGUGUACGGCCUGCCCGCCUACCCGGCCUAUGCAGGUGGUGGUGGCUUUGUGCUUUCGGGGGUCACGCUGCGUCGCCUGGCCGGUGCCUGCGCGCAAGUUGAGCUUUUCCCCAUUGACGACGUCUUUCUGGGCAUGUGUCUACAGCGCCUUCGGCUCACACCCGAGCCCCACCCUGCUUUCCGCACCUUUGGCAUCCCCCGGCCGUCAGCAGCGCCGCACCUGCGCACCUUUGACCCCUGCUUUUACCGGGAGCUGGUUGUAGUACACGGGCUCUCGGCCGCCGACAUCUGGCUCAUGUGGCGCCUACUGAAUGGGCCCCAAGGGCUAGCCUGUGCCCGUCCGUGGCCUGUCGCUGCUGGCUCUUUCCAGUGGGGCCCCUAGCCACCUUCAUGGCCCCAAGCUCCCCUCACUCAGACCCAGGAUGAUUAUCGCCCUGUAUGUAGUUCUUUCCCAGAGGCGGAAGAUUUCACAAAUCUAGCCCAUAUCACCAGAAGUCUGCCUCCACAGGUCCCCAGGGAAUUAAGACUGAACUUGGCUCCUGCUGGCCUACCUUAUUCGGAGCUGAUCUAGAACCACCUGGAUGGUAGCCCUUUGAGACAGCCAGGGCUGAGGCCUUAGAGCACCAGGCUCUGCCAAACAGGUAGACAAGUUUGGCCCUCCUACUACCAAGUAGGUUUUUGGGGGUUGGGGAUGGGUGGUCGCAGAGGCUCAUGGAAUCUGACCAUACUCCUUGAUUUGGAAGUCCUAGAGUGAUGCAAAUGCAGGUCUCUCCCAAGGCUGGAGGAGGUGUGGGGUCCUGGAACUGGCAGGCAUUUUGUUACAACUCAAUCUGAAGGUAGGCAUUUUGCUUCCCACCUGCCCAUCCAAAUUGGGAUUUUCAGCCCUGUACUGAUCUUUAGAUCUUCUACUGAGGUCUCCCUUCCCGAAACCAACCCCUCCUGGGCCCUGGUCUGGCUGCAACACCAGGGAUGGAGGCACACAGGGACAAACAAGUGCAUGGUCUUACCUAGAGUCUUUCCUCACCACAUAAGAAUUUACACACACACAACAAUGCCAGUCUCCUACUAGAGGCUGUGCUGCCCCACUCAGAAGAGCCAAGAACCUAAGAUGACUCCACCAUAAAAUUUCCCAUAUCUUUCACCCACUUUCUUAAAAAUCAACACCUCCAUGCUUAUUUUAGUACAAACAU